UGUACUUUUGUAACUUAGGGGCCUAAAGUAAGUGACCAGGGUUGGUUGAAGGCCGUGCUGAUUUUUGUGACCAUGUCGGCGAAGAAAUUCAUGGGAAAUGACGGCGAUUGGGUAUGCAGCAACGGAAAAUGCACCAAUGUGAACUUCGCAAGAAGAACUCACUGCAACCGAUGUGGAACAGAGAAGAGUCGGACGAAGGCUAAAGAUGGUGGCUUGAUCAUUGGACAGCACAUGGCAGAGAAGAGCCAUGGUCUAUUCAGUGCAGAUGAUUGGCAGUGUAAGAUGUGUGGUAAUGUUAACUGGGCCAGGAGGAACGAAUGCAAUGUCUGCCACUCACCCAAAUUUGGAAAGAUUGAGGAGAGAACAGGAUACGGAGGUGGUUUCAAUGAGAGGGGUACAGUGGAAUACAGAGGGGACAGGGGCUCUGAUUCUGAUGAAGAAUUUGAUAAGUUUGGCAGAAGAAAGCGGAAAUUUCGCAAAAGUGAAGAUGAACCAAAGAGUACACUCCAGAAGGUAGAUAAAGAUGAGGAGGAAGAAGAAGAGGAGGAUGAUGAGGAUGAUGAUGGUAACCUCGAUGCAUAUAAACUAGAUUCCGAUGACGAUGACGAUGAUGAAGGUGGUGAUCUUUCUGCAUACGCAUUGCUAGACAGUGAUUCUGAAGAGAAAACAUCCAAGCCAGCAACGUCAUCAUCCGAUUCAAAGCCUGCAUCGUCACAUCUUUCCUCCUCUCGGUCAAGGAGUUCCAGCUCUAGCCAGUCCCGGUCAAGAUCUCGAUCCAAGGAUCGCAGAUCUGGUUCAUAUUCUAGAUCCAGAUCCAGGUCCCGAAGCAGAGAUCGCAGACGAUCUAAGGAUGGAAGAUCACGCUCGCGAUCCAGGAGCCGAGAUCGCAGGCGGUCUAAGGAUGACAGAUCACACUCGCGAGAUCGCAGGCGGUCUAAGGAUAACAGAUCACGCUCGCGAUCAAGGAGCCGAGAGCGCAGACGGUCAGGGUCGAAGUCAUCUGGCUCAUCUAAACAUCGACAGUACUCAAGGUCACAGUCAAGGUCAAGGUCAAGGUCAAGGUCUCCACUGAGGAGGGACUACAAGAACAGAGACUCCCGCUACUACUGAGAUGGCUUCAGAUCUCUUCUAGGUUAAAGGUUUGACUGGUUGGACUGUACAUAAUGUAUCGCUUUUAAUCCUCAACAUUCAACUUUCAAAUUGAAUGACAUCAUACCUCUUCUUUUUUUGUAUCCCUCUUACUCUUCCUAUACUGUUUUCAAACUAUAUAAUUUCAUGAGAUUUUAUGCUAAUAAUGAUAUUGUAUGAGAAUUUAUGCCACAAUGGUCCCUACACCAGACAGUGCUCCGUAGAAUCAACCAACACAACUUGCCUCUCAAGAGUAAAGUUUGGAAAGAACAAGCUCUUGCCAGUUUAUACAUAAUUGAGGUUACCAUUGCGCAAUUUCAUAUAUGAUAUUUAGUUCGAAGGGAAAGUUUCAGAAAUAUGUACAUGUACCUUGAAUGCAUACCCUAUCAUUUUGCAUAGUAUUCUAUCCUUCAAAUUACAACUUUUGAAAACUACCCUUUUGCUCUGUUCUUAUUUGCAGAUGAUAGUCGCCCAGAGAUUUCAGUGAUGAAGUAUGUACGUGGAGCAUAAGUGUGGUUUGUGUAGGUACCUUGUGUAGUGAAUAUUUGAUAGGUAAGUCAGUUAGUGAGAUAGCUGUGUGGACUAUGUGGUGCAUAUCAAAGUUUGUAAUGGACUUCAGAUAUGUGCAAAUCAAUAGCUUCCCCUAGUUUGCUAUUUUCCUUCUUCCUCUCUCUCUCUCUCUCUCUCUCUCUCUUUCCUUCUCUUCUUCCAGUCUGAUAUCCCUCUUUCUACCCCUGUUUCUUAUAUUUUCUCUAUCGCUUUCUUUAUACAUUCUCCCUUUAUCUAUCUACCUCUUUUCUCCGUCUCUCGUCUCUUUCUCACAUGCUUUUCCUACUCUUUCCUUCUUCUCUCUUCAUAUCUCACUCGGGACUUUCGCUCUCCUCAUUUCAUCAUUUCUCUCAAAAUUGUCCUCACAUUUUCUCUUGAAUCUGUCAUUCUUUUUCUCUUUCUCCAUUAUGGUUUCUCUUUCAAUUCUCUCUUUCUUUUGUCAAACAAUUGCUUUUGCAAAUUAGCGUCAAUAGUUUUCCUUAAGGUGCUACACCUUGAGAAGUUGAAAUAAAAUUACGCUGCUUCCUACAAAAUUGUUCAAUAUUCUACUUUCAUUUUUUAGAAUGUGAUAUGGUGUUACCGGUAGUCAAUUCUGGUUUCAUAAAUUGCUGUAAGUUUAUGAUGUCAUAUCUGUAGAUUGCCAACAUCAAUGAUUGAGAAUUACUUUCAGUAGAAUAUGUGUAUAAAUAGACCCUUUUACACAAACUUUGCAAUCCAAUGAAAUUUUGUAAUCAUAAUCCUAUUAUUGUUAGUAUUUUUAUGGUCAUAGCAAGUUAAACUAGGAACUGAUAUCACAAUCAAUUGUGAAUACUGUUUCAUUAUAUUUUCAUGACAACAUGCGGUGUUAGAAAAGUCAUUGGGUUUUAGUUUUCAAAAGUUUUCUCAAGUCAUGGUUGAUUUGCGAGAUUUGACUUUUUUCCAAUUAUCGGUAUAUCCGGAUUUCAUACCCAUUAUGGUUAGCUGCAGGACCCAACCAGGUCGGUCCUACAGAGUUUGCUGAAAGGUUGAUACAUGUAGUAGCUAUUUAUGCCCACAACACCUCCCCAUUUUGAUCGACAUGUUGCUGAUAGUUGUAAAAAGUGUAGGUUAGGGUCAGGUAUAGUGCCAGGGUCAGGGUUAAAGUUAGGACUCCAGUUUAUUUUGAGAAGUUAACCAGAGAGUGAUUGUCAUAAGAGCGUGUAUUGUACAGCCGUCAAAACAGUUAAAUUUGAGACUUGUUUGUUUUCUUCCAGAGUUUAAAAUAUAAGCAAUAAAACUCAUUCCAAGCAAGGCGUGGCCCCUUGGAACUUUUUAGAUUUUAAGUUUGCAGUGUUUAGGUAGUAAUGAUCUAAUCUUUUGAAAUGCUGCCUUUCUUUGCAGAUAAAUAAAUGAAUCACAAUUUAGGAUCAAGAUGUAAAUAUUUUUCACUGCGAAAAUUUAAAUCGAUAACAAAAGUAAGUGUAACAUAAA